GGAACGCUGAGAAAUCUUACUUUCCCGGCGCCGCGGCUGUCUGCUAGCUGGAAGGUCUGUGAUCCUUCGCACUAGAGGCGUGGCUAGGGAGCGGAAAUAGCCGGAGCCCGGAAGUAGCCGGAGCCCGGAAGUGCCUUUCUCCAUGCUGUAGCGGGCCAGGAAAGAAAGCUUGGUUUUGGAAUGGCUUUGGAAAGGGAGAACAAGCGGAAGAAAAAGAGAACUGCGGAACCGGAGGAGGACCGAUACCCUGGGUCCGUCCAGGAUGUUGCAGGAGACUACCUGAUAGGACAGGUCGCCAAGAGCUUGCUCCCUGGCCGGCGCCCUUCUGGAGCCAGUUCCAGGCCACUGGCCUCCCUGUUCAGCGCCCCGGUACCACAAGUUCGACCCAUCUACGUGCCUGUGUCUCAGGAAACUUCUAAGAAAAGGAAAUACGAUGAGGAAGAAAAUACAACCUCGAUACAAAGACCACAUUUGCAACAGCAUGCAAAAGAAGUGAAAGUCAAGAAGAAACUUUCUGAUGCAGACAAAAAGUUGGCAAGCAGGGAAAGUGCUUUAGCAAGUGCUGAUUUAGAAGAAGAAAUUCUCCAAAAACAAGUACAGAAAGGGAAAAAUUCUCAAUCUGGUGUUAAUGUAGCAGGUAGAAAAGUACUUGAUGUAGAUCAGAACUUUGAUGGAAGUCAAAGAAAGAAAAUCCCAAUCAACCAAGAAGAAGAGAGAUUAAAAAAUGAGAGGACUGUGUUCGUUGGGAAUUUGCCUGUCACAUAUAAUAAAAAGAAGCUGAAGUCAUUUUUUAAAGAAUAUGGACAAAUAGAAUCUGUACGUUUUCGUUCUUUGAUUCCAGCAGAGGGAACUGUAUCCAAAAAGUUGGCAGCAAUCAAACGUAAAAUCCAUCCUGAUCAGAAAAACAUUAAUGCUUAUGUCGUGUUUAAGAAUGAGAGUGCUGCUACAAAAGCAUUGAAAAGCAAUGGGGCCGAGAUUGCUGAUGGAUUUCAUAUUCGAGUUGAUCUUGCAUCUAAAUCCUCAUCUAGGGACAAGAGAUCAGUGUUUGUGGGGAAUCUCCCUUAUAAAGUUGAAGAAACUGCUGUGAAAGAACACUUUUUGGACUGUGGCAGUAUUGUGGCAGUGAGGCUUGUGAGAGACCGAGUUACAGGUGUCGGCAAAGGGUUUGGCUAUGUGCUGUUUGAGAACACAGAUGCUGUUCAUCUUGCUCUGAAAUUAAAUAAUUCUGAGCUAAUGGGAAGAAAACUCAGAGUCAUGCGCUCUGUUAAUAAAGAAAAAUUAAAACAAAAUUCAGAUCCAUGUUUGAAGAAUGUCAGUAAAUCCAAGCAGAGACUUAAUUUUGCUUCCAAAGAUUCAGGACAGUCUAAAAGUGUAUUUAUUGGAGAAAAAGCUGUUCUUGUUAAGAAGAAGAAGAAGAAGAAGAAGAAGAAAGAACAGAAAAAGAGUGGGCGAACUAAGAAUCUGAGAAAACAAAAGUAACUAUCAGAAGCUGCUUGCCUUUUUUCUGGUGAGGUCUACCAAUCUAAGUGUGGUGCAUUCAUGGACUGAGCAUCAUGAUUUUUUAUGUAUUGUGAGUGUGGGACUUGUACAGUCUUACUGACAUUGUAAUCCUUUCAGAUCACUUGUUUUUUAAUGUAGGCAGAUUAGUUCAUGGAUUAUGUGUUACUGGUGAUGGUAUAAGAGAUUAUUUUAUUAGGCCCUGGUCAACAUUUAGAAUUUUAAUGAUUAUUUGACUCUAUGUUAGAAAUAGGUAAUUAGUUCUUCAAAGGGUUAUUUCAAGAAUAUUUUUGCUAGAGAUGAAACUAAUAAUUUAGUGAUAUAUUACUGAUUAUACAUAGACCAAGUAGCCUUAGUAACUUUAAAUUGAAAAUACUGAUUCCAGGUCCAGUAAUUAUAUCUGUGAAUGUGGCCGGGGGUUUAACUCAGUGGUUUAAAUGCCUGCUUGGCAAACAGGAAGUUGUGAGUUUGAUCCCCAGUACAAAUAAAUAAAAUAAUAAUAUCUAUGAAAGAUUUGAGACCUGUUACAUAUUACAUACUCAUUUUUCUUUCUUUUGCACUUACGAUAAGUUGGAGUUCUGGAUUUUUAUCUUAUUCCAUCAGCUAAUAAUAACUAACCAAUAAGAAUGUAAAAUAAUUUCUGAUUUCUUUUAUCUAACCAAUGACUCAACAUUAUUGAAGUCUUUGGCAAAAUGACUACCCAGCAUAUUUCUAAUUUAAUUUCUAUUUGAAAGAUAUUCUCCCAGGAAAAUGUGUAAUCUUAAAUCUGUGUCACUUAGAAUAAAACAGCCUUUAAAAAAAUAUCAUAUUUAAAGUUACCUACAUACCUACAUUUUCUAAUGGAAUAUAAUGAUUAGGUCACAAAGUGUAAGUAGAGUUCAACAAAUAGAAUACUGUUGCAUUCUCUGGGGUGAUAAGCUGGUACACCUUCACUGGUCUUACCAAGCUGUGUCUAUCCAGGUGGGAGACCUGGAGAAGGGGCAAUAACCCAUGAUGGCUGAUUUUAGGCAGGGCUUCAGUGACUAUUGAUUGUAUCACAGAUGGAUGGGUGGGAAUAUGAGAACUUACUGCUUUGAAAAUCUUGUCUUUUGGGAAUAAUAGAACACAGAAAACCUAUAAUGGAAAUUUUAUUUCUAUAGUAACAAAUGUGAACUAAAAUUGUAAUGUCUGUUAUGGUUUCUAUCUAGAUAUCCCCCCUUAAGCUGUAUACACUCAUAGGUGGGGCUCUUGGGUGGUGAUUGGAUCAUGGAGUGUGGCGCUUAUCAGUGGAUGAGCCAAUGGAUGAGCCUGCUGAUGAGUGUAUAGCUGAAUGAGAAAUGAAGCCUGGUCAGAGGAAGUGGGUCACUGGGGCUGUGGCCUGGAAGUAUGUAUCUGCCUUUCCCUUCCUUUGAGCUAUCUGCUUCCAGUUGCCUUGGCGUGAGCAAUUCUGCACUGCCUUGCUGCCAUGCCCCAUUGCCUUGGAGCCAGCCAGUUGUGGCUGAAACCUCAACAAACUACAAGCCAACAUAAACCCUCCCUCUUAAGUGUUAAGUUGUGGAUGUUGGGUAUUGUCUCAGCAAUGAAAAAGACAUUUGUAUGCAAACAAGCUACAUAACGCACAUACAGUCUUGUCUAUAUAUCCUACAAAUGUGUCUUUAUGUAAAUUUAAAUGGGAAUAUAUGCAAAAAUACUCAGCUAUAAUCAGGUCACAAAUAUUUGUUCUAAACACAGUACAGGAUCCAAAGCAUAAAUAACCAGUCUCCAGAUACAGGAAAGUGGAGCUCUUUCUGCCUUCUAUAGACCUACAUCUUAGAGACCCAUUAGGUCAUAAGGAUAUGACAUUUGUAGAUGACAUAGAUUGUCCCUGCAUAUGCAGCCUGUGUGCACAGACUUGUGACUCACAUGAUUGGGCAACUUCAUAUUUGUUACAGUGAAACUGACAUUUCCAUUUUUCUCUAGAAAGAGUUUUUAUGUCACUCUUAAUAGUUUAAAAUACAUUUGACGGGGCUGGGGAUUUAGCUCAGCGGCAUAAGCACCUGCCUUGCAAGCAGGCGGUCGUGAGUUCAAUCCUUGGUACCGAUAAAAAGGAAAAAGAAAAAAAAAAUGUAAAACACAUUUGACUACGAAAAAAAGUAAUGUGUUUUUAAAAAAAAAAAAGUCCAGAUACUCUGGUAAUUCUUUGUUACCUGGAAAAAAAUACCACUAUAUCUAAUUAAGUAGUUCUAGCUACAGGAAGAUACUGGAUGGUUAUCAGUGGCUACAAUUUGAUUUUUACUGAUUGUAAUAAAGAUUAUCAGUAGUCUUGAGUAAUCAUGAGCAUAAUUUUUUUUUAAUGAACUUUCCCUGACUCUGCUCCAUGAACAGUGUUUUCUGCUAGUGAUCUUGGGUUUAAGGUAUAAAGUUUAGGGCCAAGGAUUUAGCUCAGCAGCGUAAGUGUCUGCCUGGCAAGUACAAGGUCAUGAGCUCGAUUCCCAGUAUUAAAAAUAAAGUAUAAGGUAAAACGAUUCUUACUCAGAACAAGAAAACAGGAAUGCUUCACAUCACCUACCCAAGUAUUUUUUCACUGAGUAUCAAAGAAUCGUAUCUUGCUCCUGUUGGUCACAGGCUUUCAUUUUGUAAGCUCUGAACUUUUUACACGUGUGUAAAGAUGUCUGUAUUCUUGAUCCAGCCUUGUGACUGUACCUUAAAUAGGUUGAUUGGUGAAAUAAGGGGGUUGUGCUAUAUGGAUGGUUUCAUACGUCUAUUAUGAUCACAGUAGUUCUACAUUGUGACUGAUACAAACAAAUAUAUUUAGUCCACAUGAUCAUUUCACAUGACAGAAUACUAUAUAGUUUUUGGUGGUUUUUGUUGUUGAGUUUUUUGGUUUGUUUUUAAAACUUGGGUCUUGUUAACGUUGCCUAGACUGGGAUUGAAUUUACAGUCCUCCACUUCAGUAUCAGAGUAGAUGGGACUAUCCAAAUAUUUUAUUGUAGUAAAAAUACUGAUUAUUUAGGUCUCUGCAAUCUACUGAUGGGUCCACUCACAAAAAUUGCUUUGGUGAUGUCCAUACUGUUUUCAUUUCUGGAAGGAAUCUACACAUAGUAUUUUAUGAUAAGUAUUUCCUUUUCUGUUAAUGUAUUGUCUAGCAUGUUGUAUCACAUAGUAACUAUUUCAACAUUUAUGCUACAUUUACAAUAUAUAGAAUGAGGGCAGAGAUGAGUACCCUGUUUGGGGUUUAUCCAGGAAUCCUAAUGUCAUGGCCACUGUCUUAGUUACUAUUCUCAUUGCUGAGACAAAAUACCCAACACCCAAAAUUAAAGUAGGAAGUGUUUAUAUGGCUUACAGUUUGUAGGUUUCAGUUCAUAGUAGGCUAAGCAGGUUGGCAUGACUGAGGGCCAUCACAGAGCACAGUUUAUCGCAGGCAGCAAGGCAACAGCAGUGAUCUUCUUUCGGUUCCUUAUAUCCUAUCCAGGAUAUCCACUUACUGUGGAGCAGCCUUAGUCCUAGGACUGUACCAUGGAUCAAUUUCACUCUCACACCCUUGAUUCCAGCAUCACACGUCCUCGAACCAGCCAUCUCCAAAACGUCCAUGAGGCUUUGGAGACACAUCUAGAGAUAACCCAUAACCUACCACAAAGCCUGGUCCUUGGCUUUAGGUUUCAUGCCAGCUAUAUGGCAUUGGACAAAUCUACACACCAGAGGCUCAGGAUAAAAUCCUAAAUAGUUGAGCUCACCGUUAACUUUUGGAAUAAAAAUCUGUGUGCAGGGUAUAUAGGAAAAGCAUUUCAUCUUAUUCUUGUGCAACCCUCGAAUCUGAAUUCACUUUGGUGUAUUUGUAUCUCCUACUCCAUUUGGGUUAGUGAACACAGUGCCUUUGGACUAAUUUCCAGUAUUACCAGGAGGAGCUCUGUAUCAUCAUUACUUAGAGACUUUUCCUCAAUUACAUGUCCAAAGCACCGAUGCUGUCAUUUCAGACACCAAACUGCUUAGGUUAGGAGCACAGGCCUCUUCAAGGCUGUUUUUACCUCAGACUCCAGCUACAAAUUUGGGAGGAGGCAGUCCUUGUAUCUGAUGAGGUGGGCACACAUUAGGAGUUUUCCAUUACCUUCUUGGGUUAUAUAACCUCUGGACUCAGGAAAAGUGCUGCUCUUAGGAUUAGUUUCAUUGAGUAUGAUAGUACAAAUGAGAAUAUUACAAGGGAAAAGGCAGGGUUUUUUUCUUAAACUUCUUUUAAAGGUUAUAUAUUUUUAGAGGAACAGUUGCGAUUUUCUCUCACACCUCAUAAAAUACCCAAAUUUAUUCAAGAUUUGUAAAGCAAGUUUACAGGUUAAUUACUAACACAACAUUUAACAGGCUGUAUAAGCCACAGUGAGGUAAAGCCCUGUUAUCAGGGGCUCUCCAUCUUGAUUGUCCACGAAUAAGGUUCGCUGCUGCUCCCUGAGUUUGCUUACCAUUGCCAAGACACUCGCCGGGAUCAAAGAAAAGGCUUACUGCAAAACCUCAGGGCGCAUGCGAUGUCAGCCGCGCCGCCAGGGCGGCUCCCACGUGGCAACCCGAGCUCUGGCCACUGCGCUUCUGCGCAGGCACAGCCGAGGACGCCCUAUGGGCCUCGCGAGCCGGAAGUGCCCCUGCUAGUUCUUUCCGGUGCUUUUUAGGGAGCUUCAGCUGCAGGCUGUACAAUUGCUUUGUAGAUUCGUGACCAACCGCUGCAGUGCGGGCCCCCUGCGGCCGGCACGCUGAAGUCGAGAGGACAUGGUGGGUCGGAACAGCGCCAUCGCCGCCGGCGUGUGCGGGGCCCUCUUUAUCGGAUACUGUAUCUACUUCGACCGCAAGAGGCGAAGUGAUCCCAACUUCAAGAACAGACUUCGAGAACG